GUAUAGAUUAUGAGAAAUUAUCAUUAAAUAAACAAUUUGAGAUCACAAGAGUUGUAAGAUUGGAGGAUCCAUUCGAUAGUAUAUUUGAAAUUCAAGAUGUAAAUGAAGUUAAUAAAACAAAUAGAUUAAAGAAAAGGAAAACACAAAAGAGUUGGAAAAAGAGCACUCAUCUGAAUACAAAUAGUAUAGAUUAUGAGAAAUUAUCGUUAAAUAAACAAUUCGAGAUCGCAAGAGUUGUAAGAUUGGAGGAUCUAUUCGAUAGUAUAUUUGAAAUCCAAGAUGUAAAUAAAGUUAGUAAAAUGAAUAGAUUAAAGAAAAGGAAAACACAAAAGAGUUGGAAAAAGAGCACUCAUCCGAAUACAAAUAGUGAAUAA